AUGCCUGCACCGACAGUCCAACCCCGAACCCUAUACGACAAAGUAUUCGACGACCAUGUCGUUUACUCUGGUGAAGGUGACACCCUCUUGUAUAUCGACCGUCAUCUUGUGCAUGAAGUCACCUCUCCUCAAGCUUUCGAAGGAUUGAGAAAUGCUGGACGUAAAGUUCGUAGGACCGAUUGUACUCUGGCAACUGUCGACCAUAACAUUCCAACCAUCACUAGAAAAAACUUCAAAUCUAUUUCGACUUUCAUCUCUGAACCUGAUAGUAGGGCGCAGUGCGCUGCCCUGGAAGAGCAUGUGAAAGAAUUUGGUUUGACUUAUUUUGGUAUGGAUGAUAAACGACAAGAAGGAAUCGUUCAUAUCAUUGGACCUGAACAGGGGUUUACUCUUCCAGGAACCACUGUCGUUUGUGGUGAUUCUCAUACAUCCACCCACGGCGCAUUCGGCGCUCUGGCUUUCGGUAUCGGUACUUCUGAAGUCGAACAUGUCCUUGCUACUCAAUGUCUUCCUCAAGCCAAAUCAAAGAACAUGCGAAUCUCCGUCGAUGGUCCCUUAGCCGAAGGUGUCAACUCUAAAGAUAUCGUCCUUCAUAUCAUCGGUGUCAUCGGUACAGCCGGUGGAACAGGAUGUGUUAUCGAAUUUUCCGGUUCUACUAUCCGUGCACUCAGUAUGGAAGCUCGUAUGUCCAUUUGUAACAUGGCCAUUGAAGGCGGUGCUCGAGCAGGAAUGAUAGCUCCUGAUGAUAUAACCUUUGAAUAUCUCAAAGGACGACCUCUGAGUCCUCGAGAAGGAGAAGAAUGGGAUAUGGCAGAGGCGUAUUGGAGAACUUUAAAAACGGAUCCAGGCGCGAAAUACGAUAUAGAGGUUGAAAUUCGAUCUGAAGAUAUUAUUCCUACCGUUACUUGGGGUACAAGUCCUCAAGAUGUCGUUCCUAUCGCUGGUGUCGUACCGAAUCCAGAAGAUAUGGCAUCUAACAAACGUGGUAACGCUAUUCGUUCUCUCGAAUAUAUGGGUUUAACUCCUGGUACUCCAAUGGAACAAGUUAAGAUUGAUAAAGCUUUCCUUGGAUCCUGUACAAAUGGUCGAAUUGAAGAUCUUCGUUCCGCAGCAAAAGUCAUUAUAGCUUCUGAAAAAAACGGUGGUCCAACACAUGUCUCUGAACACGUUUACGCAAUGGUCGUUCCUGGUUCUGGAUUGGUCAAACAACAAGCUGAAGGAGAAGGAUUAGAUGUUAUCUUCAAAAAAGCAGGAUUUGAUUGGAGAGAAGCUGGAUGUUCAAUGUGUUUAGGAAUGAACCCUGAUCAAUUAAAACCUCAAGAACGUUGUGCUUCAACUUCAAAUCGUAAUUUCGAAGGACGCCAAGGAGCAGGAGGUAGAACUCAUUUAAUGUCACCUGCCAUGGUAGCUGCGGCAGCUUUGACUGGAUAUCUUACAGAUGUCAGAAAACUUAUGGGAAGUCAUAUUUCAGAAGAUGGUGGAUUAAAAAUUACUUCAUAUUUCGAUUAUCUUUCACCUCUCGCUGUAGCAGCACCAGAUGCUCAACCUACCGAAAUAUCAGAAAAUGAACAAACUCCAGUCAAAGUCGCCAAUGCAGCUUCGGCAGGUUUACCCAAAUUCAAUAUCGUAAAAGGAAUAUGUGCACCAAUGUGGGAAGCCAAUAUCGAUACGGAUAAAAUCAUACCUAAACAAUUUUUGAAAACUUUACUUCGUACUGGACUUGGAUCAGCUUUAUUCUGGCCACUUCGAUAUGAUGUUAAAACUGGUGAUAUAAUACCGGAAUUCGUAUUGAAUAAAGAACCAUUCAAUAAAUCUUCUUUAUUAGUUUGUACAGGUGCUAAUUUCGGUUGUGGUUCUUCUCGUGAACAUGCUCCUUGGGCUUUAAACGAUUUCGGUAUAAGAUGCGUCAUGGCACCUUCUUUCGGAGAUAUUUUCAAGAAUAAUUGUUUCAAAAACGGUAUGUUACCACUGGAACUCUCUCAAGAAGCUUUGGAUGUUUUGUAUAAGGAUGCUGAAUCUGGAAAAGAUAUCACGGUGGAUCUGGAGAAACAAGUUGUCGUAAGACCUAAUGGAGAGGAAAUCCAAUUUAGUAUAGAUCCAUUUAGGAGACAUUGUUUACUUAAUGGUUUGGAUGAUAUUGGUCUCACGUUGGAACAUAGGGAUGCGAUUGAAGCUUUUGAAGAAAAGAGAUCAAACACUUGGCCUUGGUUGGAUGGGAUAGGAUAUGCUAAGAAAGGAGGAAAGGUCGUUCCUCUUCCUCAGAGGAAAGGGGUGAAGAAGAUGGAGUGGUAG